AGCACGUGACCUCCAGGCUACCCGCAACAGUAUAUUUUAGGCGUUCUAGUCACCCCGAAGUCGAUAGAGAUAUGGAUGUGAAAGCUCUACUUCUUACCCCCUUUCAAAUUGAAUUUUCAUCAUCGAAAAUAAAAGCAAGUUCCUCAAAAAACCCAACUUGCUAAGCAUACAGGUUCAACAUUUCCGAUCUCGGUAGAAGUUGUUUUAGAGUUUUUAUUCCCCCCAAGUAGUAGUUCAACAUCAACAUCAACAACAUCAAAAGUUAAAAUCAAUUGUCUAUCUGCAUGAGGGAGUAUGGCCGGUACGGGCGGGCUGGGCAAUUCAGCUUUCGAUAGUAGAAAUUCUGAAAACAACAAGGUCCCCGAUAUAUCCGUCGUGCCCCGCAACCAGCGGCGUCACCAGCAGCACGCGCGAGGCAAGAAGCACGCGACUUUCGACCCCCACCCCGAGGCGCAGAGUCCGCACGCGUUUCGGAAACGGAAAAGAGAGGAGGAGGCUCUCCUAAGGGCAGCGAGGACCAGCCAGGCCGAUUACAACAAAUCUAGCAGUACCGAACAAGCUUCCGCCCUUCUUCUUUCUGCGGAAAAGAAUUACGAAGAAGGAAGUGGAGCGGGCGCUUCGAUCGUAGCCGGGACUACAUCAACAUCUACCGGAGAAAACCGAAGAAAUUCUGUUUCCUCGUCCACCACGGCCAGCUCCACACCCGUCGUGCUUUUAAACUCCAGCAGCGUACCCGCGGCAAAGUAUUCGACAACUACUUCUGAUUUAGCGAUCCACCAAAAUCCCUUUUACGCGAAACGAGAAGCAAGAGGUGAGCGCGCCAUGGACAUAAUCGUUCCCGAUAUCUCAGGCAAAGCGCGGUUUCCUCCGCCACCUCCUGCUAAUGAAAAAAAUCGCGGACAACCCCCGCCGCCGCGGCAAGCCAGCGAAGGGGAGAAGGGUCCGGCGAGCACGGAAAUAGAAAUAGGGCAUCAAGAGGGAGGGUCUUCUUUACCACCAGGGGGCGAUCAGAGAGCCAGCAUCUCUUCAGCCGAGACAAUGGGCGAGGUGCUGACCAAUGAAGAGAUGCUGCAGAGCUUUGCGAAUUUCACCAGGAACCGGCAGCUGCAGCAGGAAUUUGAAAAGACGAAACAGGCCGGAAUGAUCACAAGUAGUACUCAGGAACAAGUCGACAAGAACACUGGUAUGGUCGUCAACAACACAUCUUCUACUGGAGAAGAUAAUGUAACGAGCAGAGAGGGAGGUGAUCAAGGUCAAGAACAAGACUCGCGGUCGAAAAGUAAGGAUAGCACGAACCCCGCGACGACCUCCAAUACAGUGGUCAGUAAGCAUCAGAAAAAAGAUGAUCUCGUCCAACCGAAUAGCAAGGGAAGCAAAGACCACGCAGAGCAGGAAAACAAUAGGAGCCCCGCAUCUACUUCUCCGAAUGUUGCGGCCGCGGGCACCGAAGUUUCAGCUGCAGAGCAGAAGAUCCGCGACGACAUUGCGCUCCGAAAGGACCACAAGAAGCAGUUUGAUAAUGCCGGCUCUGUAGUUCUGCCGGCAACUACUGCAACACAGCAGGAGUCGGCGGUACAUAAGAACGGUAAAGAGAAAGUAGAUAAAGGUUCUUCGCAUGUUGAACAUAAUAAAGAGCAGAAGAAGCUGCACAAAGAUCAUGAUGUUUCAGUCGCGCCCCCAAGGAUGAAAGAAAAAGAAGUAGAGAAAGACAAGCACGGGUCUACAACUCCUCGCUCUGGAGGCACCCGUUCGGAGAGCAGGCAAAGAAUCCAGCAGGAGGCGGACGAGCUGCUGCGAAGCUACGAAAAGCAGAAAUCCAGCUUGCAGCGAGAGCUGGACCGUAUGUCCGACGAGCGCAGCCGAAAGAGCGUGCUCGAGGAGGACGGCGGCGCGAAGAACCUAACGAAUUCCACUCGGCGGGGGCACCACAAAUUUUCGCGCAGCGGGAGAGAUGACCACGGGUCCUCCACCUCCGUCGAUAGAGAAAAACACCAGGACCAGCGGUGGGUCCGGCACAUGGAUAGUAUCCACAGCGAGCUAGACGAACGAGACAAAAAUCAAGCGAAACUUCUUAGAAAUGCUUCUGGUAAAAGAGGGCAUGAUCAUCGACAUGAUAAGCAUAGAAAAGGAGCUGAUCAAGACUACAGCAGUGGCUCGGACGGGCGGUCGCGGCGGGCGGGGCAGCCGCGGCGGGUGGAUCUUACCCGGGGGAGGUCCAAAGAGGAACUGCUAAGGCGAAUAGAGCAACUCGAACGUGGAAAAGGGAAAACGCUAGUACGGGGCCGCAGUCGCAGUCCGCCCCCAGCGGGGGGAAUAAAUAGAGCUGAACUACGUGAAAGGAACAACAACAACUCGGAUCAGGCCAGAGGACAAGAGACUUCGUCUUCGGACGAUUUGUUGAAGAGGAUCGAGCAACUAGAGCGGGAUCAUGCAGCUGCGACAGCGGCGGAACGUGCAUCCUCUUCCCGCGGGGAGCAGCAGCAUUUAGGAGGAAAAGCAACAACUACAGCUUUAGGAAAAAGUUAUGCUCCACCUUCUACAAGGAACAGUGCCGGAGCCGGAGACGCUCCGCCUUCCGGAACGAGUGGGAACAAGAUGAAGAACGAGCUACCUAAUGACCACACACCUGUGACCUUCGACGUCCAGUUAACGGAUGAUACUGCUGAUCCCACGUCCGUGCCGGGCUUGCUGCAGGACCGCAAGCACAAGCCGGUCUCCGCGGCGUCGAUCGGUUCCGCGCUAGUACGGCCCCCCGACCUGUCCAAUCCGCAGCGCUCGUCCAAGCGGCGGCACAACAUCGUUUCGGUAGAUUCUAAGAUCAUGCAACUGGACUCGGAGCGGGCACUGACCAUGCGCGCGGCCGUCACCGCCGCCAUGGCCUUUCGCUCGGUCUACAACGACGGCAAGGCGACGCGGGAGCGGAUAAACAAAGCCCUGGCCGCUGGGCGGGAGAGGAACAACGGUGUCGGUGAGAAUAAACGGCCGAGCCGAAACGGCAACAACAAGGCCUCAGUUCCCACAUCUUCAACUCCCGGCGGCGUUGUUGUUCCAGAAAAGAAUAAAAUCGUCGACACCUCCGAGGUAUUCAAGGACGUGCCGGCUGCGGAAGCGCUGCUGCGGAAAAGCCGGGCGCUGUUGGCAAAAGUCGAAGCGUCUGAAAGAGAAAUUCUCGGGUUGAGCACAACCGGUGGUGAGCAAGUGAACAAUAAUACUAACUCCUCCAUGGCCCUCCUCCCCGCAGGUACGUCUUCAGGUGGUGUUGACAACUUUAGAAAUUUAGUGCCUGGAAGUGAAAAAGAGAAUCAUGCAAGUACCAGUCCUGCGUCCGCCGCCGCCGAGCAAGAACUUCCACCCGGCGGGGGCCCCGGCGCCGCGAUAGUGGAUCUGCCGUUGCCGACCUUCGACGAGAUAGACGCGGAGGCGAAGGUGACCGCGGCUCUGUUGUUGAGUAGCACCACCACGAGCCCCCGCACCGCCAGUCCGGAGCCCGCGAAACUUGCCGACCUGGUGGCCGAGGGCGAGACUUUGCUGCACGAGGACCUGGAACGAGCCCACAUCGACGAAAGCGAGGAGGGCAAAAUGAACCUCGAGCGCGCCAGCCAAGCCUCCACUACCAGCGCGUUUUUGCGCAGGAAAGAGAGAACCAGCACCGCCCUGAAACCAAUGCGGCAGCUCUCCAUUCCGGAGGGGGAGUGGUUACCCAGAAACUUAAACAAAGUGCAAGGGGUUGUACUAGGCGACCAAGAAAUCGCAGCCGCCACAGCCGAGGACUUAGAGCAGGCCGUCCGCGCCAUGGGGAGCGGGAUCAGCAUCGGGUCAUCAGCUUCUACUGGUAAAAAUGGUGCUGCUACGCAGGGACCUCCACUACAGAAGCUCCAGCAACUCCUUGCGCUGUUGGAUCAAGAGGAAAGUGGUACACCAAGUAGUGGUGCAGUACUUCUUUCUGGCAACAACAACAAGCGCUCCUCGAACAAGUUUACUGGCGAAGAUGAUGAUGAUGCUUAUGAUGAUUCCGAAAACGACGAGGACAUGGACAAUAACAUGCUGGGUCAGGACGUGGUAAUCGCGGUGACACUCUUGCAGAGACUGGCGAGGCUCGGGAAUGGGUCGGUGGAAGCGAUGAGCGACAUUUUGGACGGGCUCGAGCGCGACCAAAACGUCUCGGGUUUGACCGGCGUGGACAUCUUCUGGGAACACGAACACAUGGUCGCACGCAUUCUGCGCGAACACGUAUUGAUUUUUAGGCCCCUGCUGUUUUCACAUUUUGGGUUUUCGUUCCCAGAAGACCUUCGCAACUACUCGUAUGGUUCUGAUCACCUGUAGAUGUAGCACUUCUACUUCGGUAGGAAGGCGGCCACUGCUUUGAAUUAUGGGGUAGCACGAUAUUGAUAGAGAUAAUCGCUUGCUGCGCGCUAGCGCCUUUUUACAUUAUGUUGUGAUUUUGAUAAACAUAAAUACAACACCGAAAAUACAGGAACUCGCGCGGCCGGCUUUCGGAGAUGCGUACCACAGCCCAUUUGACCCACUGUCUCCGAUAUCCCCAGCAAAAACAGUAAGAACUUCCUGGCACGCUGGGGAUGCAUGUGAUGCAUGACAUUUGUGUACUUGUUCGUAUUGUUGUCAUGAGUCGGACACCUCUCUUUGAGGUGGUAGUUUUUCUUUUCUCUGAAUGUAGUGUACUCGUUCCGUUUCCAUGCAAGAGCGUGCAGGCAGUUUUUGCAGUGGAUAGCCGAGUUUAAGGUCUCUCGGUGCAAGGUCAAGUUGAACGUGCAGCAUAUGCGGCAAAGGAGUCGGUUGUGGUUCGAAGAUUUUCACAAGACCAGCUUCAUAGACGUAGUGUAGGCAGUCAUAAAUUAGGCUUUGCUCCUCAUUUUUUCAGUACUCAAUUCGUAACUAUUCUUUCAAAAUUAUUGUGUUGAUCUCUUUCUCUUCAGUGUAUGUUUCUGUCGGAGUGCCAGCAGUUUUCAAAACGAAACAGUACGAGGAAGCUUUUGGUUUUGGUGCCGGUUUGUUCUUCCGGUGUCCGCUUCCCCAGGAAGAAGAUUGCCCGACAUUUCAAUGCAGGGCACUUUGCCCCCCUCGUUGUUCGCUUCC